CCUGCCUUAUCCUUUUUCUUCGAUGAAGGACAAAUUGGCCAUCAUCGGCAUGCAAUUAGUGAGGUAUUUCUCGUUGAGAUAUUUAGGAUAGUUGCUGUCAGGUUGUGUAGCCUGCAGGGUAAGUGCAGCACAAGUUCAAGUAAUAAUCCUUACAAAGCCAUGAUAAAUUGUGAAACCAUAACCAUAUAUAUAUAUAUGUAUAUAUAUUAGACUCACCUCUUAGAUAUUCAGUUAAUUUGUCUGUGAGGCCUUGUUGCCUGCAUGGCUGCAUCCAAAUUAAUCUGCAAAGACUACAAUCUCCACCGAGCGCCCAUCACUGGUACUUAUUUCUGUCAGUACUACUUCUCUUAGUAAAACUAGCAUAUAUUUCCAUUGGUAGUGAAUCCCAACUCCUAGUUAGCUACACUGAGGACUUGAGGAGUGAAGACCUUGUGGAUCUGUUUGCUAAACCAAGUAACAGUUCUUACUAUUGCGUUGCUUUAGCCAAAUUCCAGUUUGCCGUGAACUGAGCCUAGCUCAGGUGGUCUGGUUCCUUGUGGUGGAACCAGCCCACCCAGGUUCAAGUCCCAGACUUGACGUGGGUGUCACAUUUUCCUGGAUUAUUCCAGGAUUUAACCGGCGCUAUGCUUUCAGUGGUAGGUGAUGUACCCGUUAACAGCGAGGCGCCUGCGGUGACUUCAUCAAUCUCUCAAGAUCUGCCGGCCAGUCUUUCGGAGGUGCUCAUAAGGGUAGGGCCAGUAGCACUUGAAGGCAGCAUCAAGGGUCAGGACAGGAGUUCAUCAGAUAUGGAGCUGAAGCAGCUAUGGAAGCAACGUGGGGAGUGGGAGAUCCGUGUGCUAGUCAUGUCUAGCCUAUCACUGCAGAUCUUCCUUCUCUUCGCGGGAGGCCUACGCAAGCGCAAAGCUAACUGGUGGCUGCGCAUACCACUGUGGCUCGCCUACUUGCUCGCCGACUAUAUUGCCAUCUACUCGCUCGGCCACCUGUCCCAGAACCAGAAGCUUUGUAAUGGCUCCCUCGACAAUGAGAUGCACCUCCUUGUCUUCUGGGCCCCGUUCCUCAUUCUCCACCUUGGCGGUCAGGACACUGUCACUGCCUUUGCUGUCGAGGACAACGAGCUGUGGCUGCGUCACUUUCUGAGCCUCAUGUCACAGGUUGGUCUUGCUGUCUAUGUCUACUGGAAGUCAAGCCCGGGGAUCAGGCUCAUUAGACCAGCAAUAAUAAUGUUUGUGGCUGGGGUCUUGAAGUAUGGUGAGCGCACUUUGGCACUCAAGGCAGCGAGCAUGGGCAGCUUGCGCAGUUCCAUGCUCACGCUUCCUGACCCUGGACCCAACUAUGCCAAAUUUGUGGAGGAGUGCCAGUCAAGGAGAGAUGCCGGGCUGGAUGCCACGAUUGUCAUCGUGCCAGAGCGGCCUCCAGAUGAUGAUGUCCAUGUAGAAGAUAAGCCGGAGGAUUAUGGCAGUCUUGUGUAUAAUGCACAUAGGCUCUUCCAAACCUUUCGCCGUCUCUUUGUCGAUCUCAUGCUCAGCUUCCAGGACCGUGUUGACAGCCUAUCCUUCUUUCGGAAGCUGGAGAUGGACCAAGCGUUCAAGGUUGUGGAAAUUGAGCUGGUACUUAUGUACGAAUGCCUCCACUCCAAGGCCUUGGUGAUCCAUGGUUGGCCUGGUCGCAGCGUGCGCUUGUUCACCCUGGCCGCUCCGGUCGUGUCACUUGUGCUCUUUACACGUGUGGUAGACGAUAUGCAAGGAUAUAAGCGGGUUGACAUUAUCAUCUCCUACGUGCUUUUGGCUGGUGCUAUCUUCUUGGAGAUAUAUGCGAUCCUGUUGAUCAUCAUUUCCCCAUGGAUGUAUGCGGAUCUCCGAGCCAGUGAGAAGCUACAACCAGCAGCGAAGAUUGUGUUCUGGUUGAUCGAGUCCUUCCAGCCAGAGAAGAAGCCGAGGUGGUCCAAUAAAAUGUCACAGUAUAACCUGUUCAGCUACUGUCUGAAAGACGAGUCUCGCUGGUACAAAAGGUGCAUGGAAAGGCUGGAAUGGAAAUGGAACUUCCGUGUGAAGACGAUGUGGGACAGCUGGCGGUACACAAAGAGUAUUGCUGUGUCAUGCCAACUCAAAGGUCUCAUCUUCGAGCAGCUUAAGAGCAAGGCAAACAGCACCAAGGACCCCAAGAGUUACCGGAAGCUUGGGGAGCACCGUGGCCAGUGGGCGCUCCAACGCAAGGGCUUAUAUCAAGAGCUGGGGUGGAGUGUCGACUGUGAGUUUGACGAGAGCAUCCUUCUCUGGCACAUAGCCACGGACCUCUGCUUCUACGCCCAAUACCCUACCGACAAAGAUGAUCAUUUGGCUACAAUGAGCAGGGAAAUAUCAGAUUAUAUGAUGUUCGUAAUGGUAAUGCGGCCUUUCAUGAUGACAGCGAGCAUCGGGCAGAUCCGCUUUGGCGACACCUGUGCAGAAACUAAGAAUUUUUUCCGGCGAGACAAUGACAUCGAAGACGAGAAAGGCUGCGAAAUCAAGCUCACAGAUGUGGACACGUCGAUUGCUGAGCCACGAGAUGUGAAGGGGGACAGAAGUAAAUCGGUGCUCUUCCAGGCCUGCAAGCUCGCCAAGCAGCUCAAGGAGUUGGAGGGCGUGACGCAAGAGAAGAGGUGGCGGAUCAUCUCUAGCGUGUGGGUGGAGAUGCUGUGCUACGCGUCUGGCAAGUGCAGCGGCAGCUCCCAUGCAAGGCAGCUAAGCCAGGGAGGCGAGCUGCUCACUGUGGUGUGGCUGCUCAUGGCGCACUUCGGUGUGGGUGACCAGUACAGGGUGGAAUCUGGCCAUGCCAGGGCCAAGCUCAUCAUUGAUAUCUAAAGAAAUUACUCUGCACAGAUCCCUUUGAUGAAUUACCUUAUGUUUAGAUCAGCUCUUCAAAGUGAAACCUUUUGCAGUAUUCUAUGGCAUCAAUAUUAGUCCACAUAACAUGGGAUGUGAAUAGAUGCUUCAGCUUUUCAUUUCAUCAGAUUUCAUCACCUGUUCACCUCAAAACAUACAUUGAGAGUUUGUUGUACCAUGACAUAGUGCAUCUGUAUAGUUGACUAGAUCACAAGAUAGUAUUGGUUUGUGUUCUCCAGGAUACAGUUGCCUAAUGCGUUGCAAGAAUCGCAACUGGAAGUCAAAGUAAAAUGUGCUGAGGUGAGGUGCGACUGAGGUUAAUGGCUCUCAUAUCUGGAUCAUGGGAACGCAGGAUGCCUGUGGCUCCCAGGAGAAUAUCAUGCAGGAUCAAGGUGCUCAAGCUGUGUGCAUGUUUGCUGAGCAGAGAUUCAGUAACCACCUGAACAUUUAUGUUGAGGAAAGGGUGCUCUAGUCUCUAGGGAUGCAAAGUGUGAAUUUUGUAAUGAAACUGAAGAUAGAAAUUAUGGAUUAUCUGCUUUUCUUGUGACUGUGUAUACAUAUUAUUUUAUUAUCUCCAAAUUAGGUUCUGUUGGUGGCUAUGGUGAUUAUGUCUACCAGCUGUCAGAGGGCCAGAAGAAAACCAGGUGGAAAAAUGGUACAUACAGUACAGAAGGCAGUUCUUGAGGAGCAUCGAUUAAAUCCAACCGAAGCUGUUUGAUCAUUUGGCUCCAAGGUUGACACAUCUUGUGAAUGUUGGGUCUUGCCGAUGCUUCUUCUGCUAUGGCGAUGGAUGGCGCUCCUCGGCUAAAGCAACCACGACGAACAUGGCUCUUCAAGAUCUAAGUAGUGGAUAAUGAAAAAUGGAACGAUCUUGGUUCGAAAAGGAAUUUCGCUCUGGAAAUCUGUGAUUGAUUCUUCUUCUUCUUUUUUCCAAACUUAAGCAGCUGAAAUGCCGUAAUCAGGCAGGUAGAUUAAAAGAAGAGCCUGAUGCUGUAGCUAGAAUCUGCAGCGACCCUUGUCAACAUUCAGAAAUGUAUGUAAGGUACUCUUGAGCUUGUUAGCGUU